ACCUGGGGUAUCGUGCGUAGGGGGGGAGCUCUGGAAAGAGAGGCCCUAGCAAAGCGGCCAUAGCCGAAAGAGGUGCUUUUAUCGCACGCAGUCUGUGUUGUGAGUAAGGUGCCCUCCUCAGCCGAACUGCUUUUCUCCGCUCGAGCAGCAGGAGGCGCUGGCGGGCACCUCUCUGCCCGGCUAUGGGCUCCCGGCCGAAAUGACUCCCCUCAUUUCUUCUGCCGAACCGCUGAGAACCAGAGAACUCGACGCGCGCGCGCUCGACUCCUCCCUUUCCCCACUCGCUGAUCAGCAAAGUAACUCUAGAGGAGUAAGAGCAGCAGCUGCGUCCAAGUGCUGGAGCGUCCAGCUCGGGAUAGCACGUGCCCGCCCCCUGCGAGGGAAGCGCUUGAGCCCAGCCACCGCGGAGGAGGAGGAGGAGGAGUGGGGACUGCUGCUGCUGCUGCUGCUGCUUUUUUCUUCAGGCAACAGGCGGAUCCGGACUGGCCAGGAAGGCGAGCUUUGCUCGCGGCUCUGGGAGAGAGCCUGAGGAGACCCCCUCUAAAAGUUCUCCAAACUCGCUAUGGCUCCGGUGGUUGGAGCCGUCGGCUUUCUGGCGGCGCUCGCCUCUUUCGUCGCUCCCUCGGCUGCGCUCUUAGGAGCAGCCCGUGGCCAGUUCUCAGCAGGGGGUUGCACUUUUGAUGAUGGCCCAGGACCCUGUGAUUACCAUCAAGAUCCAUAUGAUGACUUUGACUGGGUUCAUGUUAGUGCUCAAGAGCCUCACUACUUGCCACCUGAGAUGCCGCCAGGAUCAUACAUGAUAGUGGACUCUUCACACCAUGGCCAUGGAGAAAAGGCACGACUUCAGCUUCCUACAAUGAAAGAGAACGACACACAUUGCAUCGAUUUUAGCUAUCUUUUGUACAGCAAGAAAGGAGCAAGCCCUGGAACUCUGAACAUAUUGGUUAGGGUCAAUAAGGGACCUCUGGCUAAUCCCAUCUGGAAUGUUACAGGCUCCACUGGCAAAGACUGGCUACGAGCAGAACUGGCUGUCAGCACCUUUUGGCCAAAUGAAUAUCAGGUAAUAUUUGAAGCUGAAGUCUCAGAUGGGAGAAAUGGCUACAUUGCCAUUGAUGACAUCCAGGUUCUGAGCUACCCUUGUGAUAAAUCUCCUCAUUUUUUGAGGCUGGGGGAUGUGGAGGUCAAUGCAGGCCAGAAUGCUACAUUUCAGUGCAUCGCUACAGGGAGGGAUGCAGUGAAUAACAAGUUAUGGCUGCAGAGACGCAAUGGAGAAGAUAUACCAGUGGCUCAAACGAAAAACAUAAAUCACAGACGGUUUGCUGCUACCUUUAAACUUCAGGAAGUGACAAAAACAGAUCAGGAUUUAUAUCGCUGCGUUACUCAGUCUGAGAGAGGAUCUGGAGUUUCCAACUUCGCUCAACUUAUUGUUAGAGAACCACCUCGACCAAUAGCACCACCGCAGCUGCUUGGUGUUGGACCAACUUACUUGCUAAUUCAGUUGAAUGCUAAUUCCAUUAUUGGGGAUGGACCUAUUAUCCUGAAAGAAGUGGAAUACCACAUGACAACUGGGACAUGGACAGAAACCCAUGCUGUAAAUGCACCAGCUUACAAGCUGUGGCAUUUAGACCCAGACACAGAAUAUGAGAUUCGUGUUCUUCUAACAAGACCUGGUGAAGGUGGUACUGGUCAGCCCGGACCACCACUGAUUACCCGAACCAAAUGUGCAGAGCCUAUGAGAACACCAAAAACUUUGAAGAUUGCUGAGAUUCAGGCACGACGUAUUGCUGUGGAUUGGGAAUCCCUAGGUUACAACAUUACUCGCUGCCAUACAUUUAAUGUCACUAUUUGCUACCAUUACUUCCAUGGUCAUAAUGAAAGCAAGGCCGACUGCUUGGAUAUGGACCCCAAAGCGCCUCAGCAUGUUGUGAAUCAUCUGCCUCCUUACACAAAUGUGAGCCUCAAAAUGAUCCUUACUAAUCCUGAAGGACGAAAAGAGAGUGAAGAGACUAUUAUCCAAACAGAUGAAGAUGUGCCUGGUCCUGUACCUGUGAAAUCACUAAAGGGAACUCCUUUUGAAGACAAGAUCUUCCUAAACUGGAAAGAACCUAUGGAUCCAAAUGGUAUCAUCACACAGUAUGAGGUCAGUUACAGCAGUAUAAGAUCAUUUGAUCCUGCAGUUCCAGUGGCUGGGCCUGCUCAAACUGUGUCAAAGCUAUGGAACAGUACACAUCAUGUCUUUUCUUAUCUACACCCUGGGACUACCUAUCAGUUUUAUAUACGGGCCAGCACAGUCAAAGGCUUUGGACCAGCUACAGCAAUCAACGUAACCACCAAUAUCUCAGCUCCUACUUUACCAGACUAUGAAGGCAUUGAUGCAUCUCUCAAUGAAACGGCAACUACCAUAACUGUACUCUUAAGACCUGCACAGGCCAAAGGUGCUCCCAUCAGUGCCUACCAGAUUGUUGUGGAAGAGUUGCAUCCUCAUCGAACCAAACGAGAAACAGGUGCAAUGGAUUGCUACCAGGUUCCUGUGACAUACCACAGUGCUCUGAGUGGGGGCUCACCAUAUUAUUUUGCUGCUGAACUGCCACCGGGUAACCUUCCUGAACCAGCCCCUUUUACAGUUGGUGAUAAUAGAACUUACCAAGGCUUCUGGAACCCACCUUUGGCUCCUCGGAAAGGGUAUAACAUCUACUUCCAAGCCAUGAGCAGUGUAGAGAAGGAAACCAAAACUCAGUGUGUUCGAAUAGCUACCAAAGCAGCAGCAACAGAAGAACCAGAGGUAAUUCCUGACCCAGCCAAGCAGACAGAUCGGGUUGUGAAAAUAGCAGGCAUCAGUGCUGGAAUUCUAGUCUUCAUUCUCCUCCUACUACUUGUCAUAUUAAUUGUCAAAAAAAGAAAAAUGUUUUUCAGGGAGAGGCAUUCUUCUUUUCAAAGUAAGGCAUAUCGUAGCAUGGGGAACCAAUAUCCUACUGUAAAAUCAAACUGCUAUGAAAGGAGGAGCUACUAUUCUUACUCCUACUACCUCAAACUUGCUAAGAAACGCAAAGAUGCCAUGGGAAAUACCAGACAAGAAAUGACCCACAUGGUGAAUGCCAUGGAUAGAAGUUAUGCUGAUCAGAGCACUCUUCAUGCAGAGGAUCCCUUGUCUGUCACCUUCAUGGAUUCACACAACUUCAGCCCCAGGUAUGAAAACCACAGUGCAACAGCAGAGUCAAGUCGUCUGUUAGAUGUGCCUCGCUACCUCUGUGAAGGAACGGAGUCCCCAUACCAGACAGGCCAACUACAUCCUGCUAUCAGAGUGGCUGAUUUGCUGCAGCAUAUUAACCUCAUGAAGACAUCUGACAGCUAUGGUUUUAAAGAAGAAUAUGAGAGCUUCUUUGAAGGGCAGUCAGCUUCUUGGGAUGUGGCAAAAAAGGAUCAAAACAGAACAAAGAAUAGAUAUGGAAAUAUUAUAGCAUAUGACCACUCCAGGGUGAUAUUGCAACCUGUUGAGGAUGAUCCUUCUUCAGACUACAUUAAUGCUAAUUACAUUGACAUUUGGCUGUACAGGGAUGGAUAUCAGAGGCCAAGUCACUACAUUGCAACGCAAGGUCCAGUCCAUGAAACGGUGUAUGAUUUCUGGAGAAUGAUAUGGCAGGAACAAUCAGCAUGCAUUGUUAUGGUUACAAAUUUAGUUGAGGUUGGGCGGGUCAAAUGUUACAAGUAUUGGCCUGAUGACACUGAAGUUUAUGGGGACUUCAAAGUUGCUUGUGUGGAAGUGGAGCCACUUGCGGAGUAUGUAGUGAGGACAUUCACCCUUGAACGGAGAGGUUACAAUGAAAUCCGUGAAGUUAAGCAGUUCCAUUUUACUGGCUGGCCAGACCACGGAGUACCUUACAAUGCCACAGGCCUUCUUUCAUUUAUACGACGUGUGAAACUAUCUAACCCUCCUAGUGCUGGUCCUAUUGUUGUGCAUUGCAGGUGUGUAGAGAAGAGUGCUGGAGCGGGACGAACUGGCUGUUAUAUUGUAAUUGACAUCAUGCUAGACAUGGCAGAAAGAGAAGGUGUUGUGGACAUCUAUAAUUGUGUCAAAGCAUUACGUUCACGCCGCAUCAAUAUGGUGCAGACAGAGGAGCAGUAUAUCUUUAUUCAUGAUGCCAUCCUGGAAGCCUGCUUGUGUGGAGAAACUGCCAUUCCUGUCUGUGAAUUCAAAGCUGCAUAUUUUGAUAUGAUUAGAAUAGACUCACAGACGAACUCUUCACAUCUCAAAGAUGAAUUUCAGACCCUGAAUUCUGUGACGCCUCGAUUGCAAGCUGAAGACUGCAGUAUAGCGUGUCUGCCAAGGAAUCAUGACAAGAACCGCUUUAUGGAUAUGCUGCCACCUGACAGAUGUUUGCCUUUCUUAAUUACUAUUGAUGGCGAGAGCAGUAACUAUAUCAAUGCUGCCCUUAUGGAUAGCUACAGACAACCUGCUGCUUUCAUUGUCACGCAGCAUCCUCUUCCAAACACUGUAAAAGAUUUCUGGAGAUUAGUAUAUGACUAUGGCUGUACCUCUCUUGUGAUGUUAAAUGAAGUUGAUUUAGCCCAGGGCUGUCCCCAGUAUUGGCCAGAAGAGGGGAUGUUGAGAUAUGGUCCUAUUCAGGUGGAAUGCAUGUCUUGUUCAAUGGAUUGUGAUGUAAUAAACAGAAUUUUCAGGAUAUGCAAUUUAACAAGGCCUCAGGAAGGUUAUCUGAUGGUCCAACAGUUCCAGUAUCUGGGAUGGGCAUCUCACAGGGAUGUGCCAGGCUCUAAACGGUCGUUCUUGAAGUUAAUUCUUCAGGUUGAAAAGUGGCAAGAAGAAUGUGAAGAAGGGGAAGGUAGAACCAUUAUUCAUUGCAUGAAUGGUGGUGGACGAAGUGGAAUGUUCUGUGCCAUAGGCAUAGUAGUGGAAAUGCUUAAAAGGCAAAACGUCAUUGAUGUUUUUCAUGCAGUCAAAACUUUACGGAACAGUAAGCCAAACAUGGUAGAAACGCCGGAGCAAUAUCGUUUCUGCUACGAUGUUGCACUGGAGUACCUUGAGUCGUCUUAAUGAGAGAAGAUGAAUGCAAUCAAGCAAACCAAAUACUAGCAAACAUAAAAAGCUGUGUUUUGACAUUGGCUGUUGAACUUGUGAAGGAAGAGAUUAGUGAAGGGCGAGAUAUGAUUUUUAAAUGCAAAAGUAUUUUUCUUAAUAAAUGGUGUAUCUUAAUUGUAUAUAAGAAAAAGAACUGUUCUUAUGCCUGUACACAGUUAGUGCCACGUAAAUAGAGAAGAACCACGGCUGCUGCCCAAGGUAGGACUUUUCAGUGUUUGUGUAUCCAGCUAGAGCUACCAUCUGUUGCAUGUCUGUAUUUCUACACAUUUUCUUUCCCUUUUGUUCUUUCUUUGAUAAAUUGCUGAAAGUAAAACAAAACUGUGCCGUUUGAUAGUCUCUCUAGGUUUUACGUGUUGCAAGAAUAUAUUUACAGAUAUAGAUAUAGGGAUAUAUGUAUGAUAACUGGCUUAUUUUGUUUUAAUGUGCAAUGAUGGCCUAUCACAAAAUUCUUUAUAAAGAAAUCUAAACAUAAGCCAAAGACUCAAGUGUAAAUAUGUCUAUAUGGAAAAGAAAGCACAUUGUAUUUAUUGAAUUUCUUUUAUGAUGGCUGAACAAAAACAUUUUUUCUCAGAAAGCUUUUGUUGUUGCUAAAAUCAAAUGUAAACGAUUUUUGUAGAUUAUUUUUUGUAUGUUUUGGGGAAAGUAGAGAGAGAGAGACUUUUUAUGGGUAGCCCAGGAAAUAUUGGUAGAGUGAUUUUUGUUGUUGUUGUUGUGAACAUAUUUGUGAAUGACAUUCAUGUAAUCAGCUUGGUUACCAAUGGUCUAAAUAGGACCAAAAUCAAAAACAUUCUCAAAAUGUGGGGUUGUUGGUUUUUUUUACAGUAUAAUAAUAUGGAUCAAAUAGAAACUGCACACACGUAUGGCCUUGUUUAUGACCUGCACAAUGUUGGAAGUAAUUUCAUUAACAGAUUUGGAAGUAUUUUCAUUAACAGAACAAAUGGUUUUAUUGAAUUCUUUAAGAGCAAGAAAAUAAGAUGAAAAUGUAUACCCUUUCAGAGAAAGAAAUGUUUGUUGAGAAAUAUGUUGGUCAUAAAUAACUAAAUUUCUUUUAAUGUUUACAAACUGAGGCUGUAAUUCUAGGCAGGAGGAGAAGAAGCACAUGCCACCAUUACUUACCCCUGCUUGUGCUGGAAGUGUUUUGAUAUUUUUAUUGCAGUCAAUCAACUAGCUGAACAGGCAAGUUGCUUUUUCCUUUGAAAUUGGUGUGGCAGUUCAUCUAGGCAAUUGGCUGCACUGAAAUUGUUAAAAAGAUUUCCAGCUGUGUAUGCACUUCUCUUCUUACUCAUACAAUGGCUAUCUAGGUUUCCAACUUUGCUCUUUGACAAAGCAAAAGUGGAAUAAAUUAAGCCAGAGUCAACCUAUAGUCUUGGUAUACAAAAUAUCCAUGUGUUUAUUUCAUUCUUCAUAUGUAUAUUCAUAAGCCUGAACAUAUUUUCCUAAUGAAAACCAUUCCAGUGUCCUGUUGAUUUUUUUAUCAAGAGUAAAUGACAAGGUGCUUAUAAAUACUCAUGUAAAGUAAGAGUGAAUUAAAGAAAUUUUAUACAA